AUGGUAAACGCAAGUGAUGAGGAAGUCAACGAUCCCAACUCGAAGGACUUCAUCCGGUUCAUGUCAGCCAAGCAAGGCAAUGACGCUACCACCAUUUACGUUCACGACCAUUCCUUACGAAGAACCAAAGUGAACGAGACCCGGAAUUUCACACUCUCCGCCAAUGCCAAUUUCUACAAUUUGGCAACAUCGUCGAUAGCGUCGGCCUUAGUCACAUCUUCCUAUUCAGAUCCUGAAUUAUUGCGAAAGAUCGAAUGGUCGCAAAUCGACGAGGUUUAUCGAACACACCGCGAAGAGACUCGUGAUCUGGCAUUUCAGCUCUUCUGCUCCGAGAGCGGGUAUAUGCGCUUCUUCCCAGCUGCCUCGUGGUUCUGGGACAAUCACAUCGAGCAUCUCGACUUGUUUGACUGCCGCAACACACAAUGGUACAUUAACGCUGCCACUAACUCCAAAAAUGUUCUGAUAAUGCUCGAUAUGUCUGGUUCAAUGCUAGGACAGCGGUACGAAAUCGCAAAACAGACCACAGAAGCAAUUUUGGAAACAUUGAGUCAUAACGACUACUUCAACAUCAUGCCGUUUUCAAAGACUCCAUUCUUCCUUGACGACUGCAAUGGAAGAAACGGUCUUCUACAGGCGACGAUGCGAAAUAAGAAGCUUCUUCGCAACAAAAUGAACAACGUGUCGAGCGAAGGGAAAGCCGAAUAUGAGAAGGCGUUACCGCACGCUUUCACCACCCUACUUAAUCUGCCCGGCCACUACGAGCUGCACACUCGUGAGGAAAUGGCGGUGAUGGAACCGAAUGCUACAAGGGACCGGAUCCACGUCGUUUUCCCUGAACACGUGCUGUCCGCCGAUCCAGAAUACAUCGAGGCAAUUAGCUCACGUCAUGGUCGACCUGACCAGGGCUGCGAGAACGUCAUCAUGCUCAUCACUGAUGGAGCCCCAAAUGUCUACAAAGAAAUUUUCGAUCUCUACAAUAAGGACAAAAAGGUGCGGUUUUUCUCCUUUCUAAUCGGUGAGGAAGCCAUCGACUUUGAGCAGGUAAAGACCAUGGCCUGCACAAAUAGAGGCUACAUGGUACAUGUGCAGAACAUGGCCGACGUUGAGGAUAAAGUCCAGCACUAUAUCCGUACGAUGUCACGACCAAUCGGUCAGCAUGCGGGUGACAUCCAAGUAGACGAUGCUUUAUGGAGCGGUGUAUAUCGAGAAAGAUUGGUUCGUGCUUAUGUUAAACUCCUUUUUCUGAAGAUUUCUUUUACUUAUGUGUUCCUUUCGUCCUGCCCUUUUUCACAUCAAUCGUCUUUGAAUCAUAAAAUCUAUUCGAUUGAUGAGAUAUUCGCUGAACCAGUGCCCAUCACUAAUCAAUCGUACGCGAUCAUGAACAAGAUGGCAGCACGUCGUGUGAGUUCUGAAAUUUCCAUACGAUCCUCUGGUGCACAUACGAUUUCUGAGGUCAUCACUUUUCAGAAAAUUCGUCUUCAAAAAACAGAAGCACGUGGACGAAUGUUUGUCACGACGGUUUCGUUUCCCGUGAUUGUCAAUCGAACGUUUAUGGGAGUAGCAGCCGUUAAUACUCCCCUAACGGAACUCAAUCAGCAGGCUCAUCCUAGUAAUAUCGGAGGACGCAGCUACUUUUUCAUGCUGGAUCAGAAUGGCUUCAUCAUGUUCCAUCCGCAACUGCGACCAAUUGAUCCUGCAACCAAAUCACACAAACAAAAUUACAACAAUAUGGAUCUACUGGAACUCGAAGUGCCGCAGUCACAGCAGGUUGAUUUCUUUGACAGCUUCGUACCGUCCAUCUGGUUACGCACCAUUAUGUACUAUAAGCAAGAUUCUCUUGGUAUAACACCAGUUCAGGUUCGAUCGAUGGUCAUGAACUGUGACAACAGUGAUCCCCAGUUGCUAGACGUACUCUACGCCACGGAAGCACUGGAUCGUGUCUACCCGCAGACGAACGUCUAUUAUUCAGAAUGCAUUAAAGGGGCCAAUUUUGUGCUGGGACUAGCAAUGGCGAAAGGUGAUGACUACAGAUGGCGUCCGAAGAGCCGUUCAUACGACUACAGCCAUGUGCAAAUAAGUUGGAUGAAUGACAAACGAUGGAGAGUUCAUCCACAUUGGCGCUACUGCCUUCUCAAUGACACCGAUACCAACGUCACAAAAGAAGAAGCAUUUGUUAUAUACGCGAACCAGAUGAGACAGAGCGGUAAGAUUCCCUAUGCUCACGAUGCUCUGCUACAAAUUUCGUUUUGGUUUAGGCAAAUUGCCAGCGUUAUGCGUCCCUCUAAUCUGAUUCACUUGGUGUUCUUCACGGCUCCUUCUGGCUUGAUUCGAUUUUACAAUCAAACUUUGGACGAUUACGACUAUGAAGAUCCAAAUUGGAGCAUCUUUGAUCACAUUGGAGCCAUACUGAGUAUUGAACACGUCCAAGACAGACUGUCUCCACCGACAGCUCUUUAUAUUCGUUUUUCCUUACUGGUAGCCAUAGAAAAAGAUGUGGUGUUGGUAGAGACGAAGUCGGCCAUUUCUAACUGCUUCUCAUAUUGUGCAGGGAACGUAUCGAUGAAACCAAAGCUUUUUUUCCUCGAUCUUUCUGUUUUCAGAAGUUACAAUCACUUCAUAACGGAUUUGAAUCGGAAAUCAGUUGAUGACACUUACUAUCGGCGAAGUGUUCGGAUGAAAGACCACAUCGUUUUUGACGUCUCAAACAAAUGUAUACGACUAAAUCAAAUUCGUUUAGCUAAAAUAUGGUACAAGUCGGAAACGCAGCUUACUGGGUAUGGACUCAAUGAGAAUCUCACAAUGCUAGCUCAGGGUACAAAGGCUAUCUACCUCGGGAACGCUCUGUUAGGUUCGUCACUGACUUUCUGUGUGGCGGGUUUCGAGUUCGCGUACGAUUACGUCGUCAACCUCAUGGGUGAGCAUGGAUGUGGACCAUCGCCCUUCUACAUGCUCUACCACUGGUUUAUGUCGUCUAUCUAUCAGCUUCUUCUUUUGGCGAAGCAAUACCCAUUACUUCAUUUAUUCCAUUCUUUCGUAAAACCGGUUGAAUCGUACACCGCAAGUUUCCACGAGGGAAGCGAUGGUUUCCCAUGCUCUAAGCACUCCUACUUUUACUUGUCCAAUCGGGAUGGAAGAUCGCGACCCCAAUCCACAAGCUUGGUGGAUAUGAAUCGAUCGGAUCGCCCUUGUACUUUGAAUUCAGCAAAAUGCUCUGUCAAAAUGCAGGCCGCCUUUGUUGAAGGGACGAAUUUGGUGAUGGUAUGGAUCAUCCAAGAUAAGACGUCAGAUAACUGCUACGACGACACACAAUGUCCGAAAGUCGAACCAUCAGAGGUCCCUUUUGGAUUUGAACGGGUACCACCGCUGGAUCCAUCAGAGAAGUGCACUGGUGUUCCUCAUCGAAAACCGGCUCGAUCAAAAUCGAUGUGCUACAACACAGUGAACGAAGUGAGUUAUACCACUUAG